GGACGAGAAGCCGACGGUUCCGCAGCCUUUUGCGGUCAAGGCCUUUGAGGCUCCGAGCGCCUUUGGUGUGCACGUCAAGCUGCCGUCCAGUGCUGGAUGUGUUUGAUGCAGGCCGCCAUACGGGCGGACACCCCGAAGGCAGUCGAGGGUCCCCAGACGAGGGAGGAGCUGCAGGCUGCCUUGUGCGACGCGGGCCUGUCCGACGAGCUCGUCGAGCUCCUGGCGGAGAGGGAGCGCAGGGCCUUCUCGCGGCGGGGCUCCCGCCCGCCGGGCGCGGCGCGGCUCGCGGAGGCCCCGCGCGCCGCGGGGGUGAAGUUCAUGUGGAACCUAUGCCUGGUUCUCCGGCUCCCUCCCGCUGCCGCCUUCCAGGCCGUGACGUUGCUCGAUAUCGCCUGCCUGCGGCGCGGUGGCCACUGUCUGGCAGAGCGUCUCCCAGUCACGUGCACCGUGAUCGUGACGCUGCUGAAGAAGUCCGACUCGGCGACCGUGUACACACCGUACAGGGCGCUGGUGCCAUACGCGCAGCAGAUGGCGGUGCACAUGAGGCUGCUCGGCCACUGCAUUCCCGACGUCACCGAAGACCAGCUGAGGGCGGAGGAGUUCGCAUUGUUGAACGAGCUGUGUUGGGUGAUUGAGCACUGCAGCGUUGAGCGUUGGAUGUCGGUGUUUGUCAGGCGCUUCAACAUCAUCACCAGGGGUGCCUACUCGGCCAAGCUGGACAAGGUGUGGGAGCAGAGCAUGACGUGCGCGCGGGCCCUCCUCGUGAGGUGCCCCGCGUCGGCGGCGGAGCCGCCCAUGGCGCUGGCCCAGGGGUUGCUGGGGCUGUGCCUCGCCUGCGAGGGAGUGUUGCCGCCCGAGUUGCCUCCCGCCGCGCUGGGCGGAGCCGCGGGCGUCGCCCCGCCGGUCGCCGAGCACCUGGACGCCCUCGGCGCGCUGCUGGCUGCGGCUGCGGCCAGCCCAGAGGAGAUGCGCGCGGCCUGCGCGGAGGCCGCGGCCGCCGUGGGGCGCGCCGGCGCGGGCGCCGCUGUCGAGGCGCGGCCCGCGGCGGCUGUCCGCGGCGGAGCCUGAGAUCUGGCAGGCCCCCCUCUGCGCGGGCAGCGCGCUGGCCGCGCGGGCAGCUCGGGGGCGAGCGCGGCUCGCGCCCGUGCUGGCUCGUAGGGAGGCCAGCGUGAAGUCGGGCAUUGUCCCUCUACAGGAGGAAUAUUCAAAAAUAUCUUGUGUAUUUUUGUCCAACGUCUGCCUGUAGGAGGACAUGCCCGACCUAAGUCCAGCGCACCCGUGCGCGCUCCUUUUUGGUCUUCCUACCGACGCCGUGGCGUCACCAUCAACAAAAAGCGCCUUUCUUGUUUCUUGUCUCACCCGCACUACGCGCCGCCAACGGACAACAAAAGCGUUUAGUUUCAGAAGUGGUCUCCACUGGCAGAUCCAUAUCCGUCGGUGCGGGGUUCGUGCGCCGCCGCCGCGAGCAGAGUGUGCGUCGCCGUCUUCCUCUGCUUGCACUUCUUCCUAGCUCCUAGGAGCGCCGUCUUCUCGUCGCGGAGGGGCGGCUCACACUCACAGUCUUAGUUCUGGCAGGCGAGCCUUCAACUCUUUAGCAAUUUCUUUACAACUUUGGCGGGAACGCGCGGAUGGGG